CCCCCCAAGGUAUGUGGUCGUCUUAUCUCAUCGAACCAGACAGUAAGUAGAUUGUGCUUAAAUGGGAUUUAGAGCCGGCAGCGGAAGAGAUUGAGCUCCGGCAAAGAUUAAACAGCACUUUACGCUGCCGGGAGAUGACACAAAGAGAGAAUCCAUAACAAUCCGCUUAUUUGUUUUGGUGGCGGGAUGUUUUUUUUUUGUGGCUCUCAAGAUACUAGGAUAUUUGUCUAUUCUGGAGCGUUCAUUCGAUGUGCUUGAGUGAGUGUCAUUUGCCGGUUCCCUGUGACUGAUGAACGGCGACCGAGCUUUGGUAACAUCGUUUCAGCGUGAGAUCUUCACCAACAAACAGCGGGUGUUAUCUCAUCAUUAUCUAUGUGGGUAAAAUAUCGACCCAGAACGCUACCUGCAUAGCAACUUCACAACCAACUCCAACGAUAACUUCUUUAGACGUGCGACCAGAUGUGACAAUUUCCAGAAGCAUGUCAUCAACCGAUAGUGCAUCCACUUGUCGCACCCAACCAGAUUGAUACCAUUAAUUCCCAUUGAAGAUUAUCUUAUCAGAGUCACUUUUUUCUCGCAAUCCAAAGAACACAUUUGUCUACUUGUCGGUGGAACAGCGGCCGAAAAAAAAACAACCGUUUAGCAUACGUUCCGGCCGCCUUUCCACUUGAUGAUUGUUGUCUGCAGCUCCCCAUCAAACGCGUGUCUCUUAUCAAAUCUGUCAACCAAGCCUGACGAUUACACGGGAGCAUUCUCCCUACAUCCCGACUGUCCCAUGCUCAGUAGACGACACGCGUUCGAAGUGAUCACUGCCCACGAUGGACACGCGCCAAGACACUCACCUAGCCAAGCUUAACAAUGUGACAAUACGCCCAGCCUCGGCGGGAUCGCUUGAGGAGGAAAUUAGUCGCAUAAUUGAGGAUGAGCCCCGGGAACAUCCGCUCCAUCUGCUCGAUCUCGACGAUCUGGUAGGCAAACAUCUCGUCUGGCUACGAUCGAUGGCACGCGUCACUCCUUUCUACGCCGUCAAGUGCAACGAUGAUCCGGCAAUACUGGCCACGCUGGCCGCCCUCGGUACCGGGUUCGACUGUGCAUCGCAGGCAGAAAUGCGCACCAUCCUAGCGCUCGGCGUAACGCCCGACCGUAUCAUCUUCGCGCAUCCGAUCAAAUCCGUCCAAGCGCUUGCGUUUGCCAAAGCGCACGGCAUCCGGCGCAUGACGUUCGACAACGAGUGUGAGCUGGAGAAGGUGGCGCGCGAAUACCCGGAGGCCGAGCUUGUGUUGCGCAUACGGCACGAUUCCGACCGGGUGCUGAUUGCGCUGGGCAAGAAGUUUGGCUGCGAUGCCCGGGGUGAUGGACGCGUGCUGCUGGCACGCGCCAAGGCACUCGGCGUGACGGUGAUCGGUGUUAGCUUUCACGUCGGUUGUGGCAGCUUAGAUGCAGACUGUUUCUAUCAUGCGAUAGCAUCGGCUCGAUCAGUGUUUGAUUAUGCGAAGGAUGAGCUGGGCAUGCGACUGUGGCUGCUGGAUGUGGGUGGUGGAUUCCCGGGAGACAACGACAAACCGAUCGAUCAGUACGCGGAAGCGGUAUCGCGAGCGUUGCAAGAGUUCUUCCCACCCGAGCAAGACGAAGAGGUGUAUGUCUUGGGUGAGCCGGGACGAUUCUACGUCGGAUCGGCCGCCACACUGCUCACGACGGUGCAGGGGAAAAAGAUUGUGCGGGAUGACGCUGGCCAGAUACAGCAGAUGAUGUACUACAUCAAUGACGGCGUGUUUGGCACACUGUUCGAUUGGCUGAGUCUGCGCGAGAUCAAGGACCUAAAGCGAGCGGUGCCGUUGGUGCGGCGGGAGCGUGAGCACGAGCCUGCCUUUCCGACAACCAUCUGGGGCCCCACCUGCGACUCGACGGACAUUGUGUGUGAGGAUGUGCCGUAUCCGGAGCAUCACAUCGGUGACUACAUCGUGUUUGAGAAUCUCGGCGCGUACGGCAUGACGUUUGCGACCAACUUCAACGGAUUCCCCAAGCCGACGGUGCAAGUGUACGUGAAGGAGCACACUUGGAACAUGCUGCACUCGAUCGCCGGCACCGACUGGAGGCAGAAAACACUCACCUUUUUCGAGAGAGAGUGCCCUAGAAAGGGGCAGGAACAAUCCAGCGACCAGCUUUAAAUUGUAUUGCAUUGUGUGUUUGUGUUCUUUGAGCACGGGGUUUUAAAUAAAACAACCUCCUAAGUGUACCAGUGCUAGCAAACGCUCCAAAAUGGGGAUUGCAAAACUAACUAA